UUGUGUAUAAUAUAUAUGUAGAACCCUACCUGUAGCUGAUGAGAACUACCUUUGUUGCAUGAUAAAAUGGGUAUUAGGGGUUAUAAGGCCAAAGCAGCUUGUUUCAUCUUAUUUAACAUCAUAUUUUUCACUUGUGUUUCAUCUAAUAAGGUUUUAUACCCUCCCUCUGCCCCAGAGAAUCCUGCUGAAUGCCCGAAAGAUACACUAAAGUUUGGUGUUUGUGGCAGCUGGCUAGGGUUGGUCACUGAAGUUAUUGGGACUAAACCAAGCGAAGAAUGCUGUACAGUGGUGAAAGGUCUUGCAGAUCUUGAAGCUGCAGUGUGUUUAUGCACUGCAAUUAAGGCUAAUGUAUUGGGAAUUGUCAAAAUCCAGGUACCUGUUGCCCUUAGUUUGCUCGUUAAUGGGUGUGGGAAGAAGGUCCCUGAAGGCUUUGUAUGUGCAUAGAAACUCUAGCCUAGUAGAGUGUAUUUAUAUGAGUUUAUUUUAAUGAAUCUUAUUUAUUACACACUCUCGCACAUAACUGUACAAGUAAAAUUUGCACAGAAAACGUGUGCAAAGAGUGUGGAACUAUUACCCUAUUUUAAUUAGUAUAUCCAGCUUAUUUUGUUUA